UGGGUGAUGAAGUAGAAGUGAUUGCUAAAAAUUUUCAUCCCCAGGAAAAAGAUAAAUAUCGUCUAACUCAUUUUAAAGGAGUAGUAAUUGCCCGCAAAAAUCCCCAAAAAAUUAGUUACACUUUUUCCGUUUUAAAAGAGAGUAACAAG